GGUUAUAGAUGAAAUUCAUGAUGCACAAAGCUUCCUUCUGUACAGUCACUUUCUUCUUCAACAGAUGACCUAAUUCGGCACCGUUUAUCUGACAUGUCUGUCUCUUCUCAGUCUUUAAGGUCUGAAUAUUUCCCUUCCUCUUCAGGAACAAAAACACCACUUUUACCCCUAGAACCUAAUUCUCAUCAAGAAUCUUUAUUGAGAAGGGGUUCAGCAAUAGAUUUUUCUGAUUAUCGUCGACCGUCUAUCAAUGACAAUAAUAACUUACCAUUACCAAGUUCAAUAAGUAGAAGAGGUUCUUUUGCAACGACAGACUAUGAAUAUUCCUCAAGGUCACCAUCUCCAGCACCAUUAUAUAAUAAAAGACAUCACGAAAUAAAUGAUCCUUUUCAAAGAAGACAUUCUAUUGCAACCGACUCUAGUAGUCAACGUAAUAAUCACUAUACACCUAAAUACAGAGGUUUUCGAUUCCCUUCAACUAUUCAAGAAUCAUCUACUACUGAUUACAAAUCAUUUUCAUCUGCGCCUCCUAGUCCACCCCAAUUAAUCAAUCAUCAACAACAUCAGGAGUCUCUGCAUAAAAACCCACGUGCCAACCGUCCUCAGCUAGAUCAUUUACUUGUCAGAAGAGCCUCUAUGCCUUCAGUAGCAACAACAAACUACAAUACAAUACCACCACUACCUUUACCGCAAAAUGAAAACUUUGAGGAAGAAAAGAAAAAGGAAACACCUUAUAGUCGUUCACCAGAAUUAAGAAUUAGUCAUAAAUUAGCCGAACGUAAACGAAGAAAGGAGAUGAAAGAAUUAUUUGAUGAACUUCGUAAUUCAUUACCUGUUGAUAAAAAUAUUAAAACAAGUAAAUGGGAGAUUCUAAGUAAAGCUGUGGAAUAUAUUUCUUUAUUAAAGCAUAGAAAUUUUGAUUUAGAAAGUGAAUUAAAUAGUCUACGGCGUGAAAUUGAAAUAAUCAAACAAGAAAAAGAUUCAAGGAACAGUCAUCUAUCAAUCAAACCACAACACUAAUAAUGUAGUUCACAAUGAAAGUCAUAAAAUUCGUUAUCUUCCAUUACUUGUCAUUAAAGACUUGUUCAAAGCUAAUCUUAAUGAUGUAGU